CACACUGUGUCCAGCUUACGCUGUCCUAAGACCUGCAAAUGAUUGGCCAGCCCCCAAAACAGCCAAAAAAAGAAAGCAAAGACAUUGGCUUCCAAGUGAAUAACUUUCACACCUAUAUUCAAGCUCACAUAAUCCCGACCUUCUCGGAUCACUGAGUCCGUGGCGCGACUAACUCGCUGUGCCCCUUCCCUUCCCUUCGCUUCCCUUGCGAAUUAAGUCUUCCCAAUUUCUCCGAAGUCGUACUUCCUGCUUUUCCUUAGCGAAUAAGAGCGACGCAUAGCAAGAGAGGAGAGUGGAGGAUUUUCAAAAUGGCGGCUUCAUCUUCUCCGACUGGCUCGUGUAGCUCCUCAUAUGUUUCUCCAUUUUCGCAACCGGAGUUCUCGUCUCUCCCGGUGAUGUCGCUCAGAGAGAAAAUCGUCGAGAAAAUCAAGGAAAAUCGUGUUACUCUCAUAGUCGGCGAGACUGGCUGUGGUAAGAGUUCUCAAAUCCCACAGUUUCUCCUGGAAGAAAACAUGGAACCCAUUAUAUGCACACAACCCAGGAGAUUUGCUGUUGUUGCUGUUGCUAAAAUGGUAGCACAAGCUCGUAACUGUGAGCUGGGAGGAGAGGUUGGGUAUCAUAUAGGCCAUUCAAAGCUCUUCUCAGCAAGAUCAAAGAUUGUUUUUAAAACAGCUGGUGUUUUGUUAGAAGAAAUGAAAGAAAAGGGGUUGAAUGCACUCAAAUACAAAGUUAUCAUUCUUGAUGAAGUGCAUGAAAGAUCCAUCGAGUCUGAUCUUGCUCUCGUCUGUGUAAAGCAGUUUCUGUUAAAGAACAAUGACUUGAGGGUGGUAUUGAUGUCUGCAACUGCUGAUUUUGGAAGAUACCGAGAUUAUUUUAAAGAUCUUGGCAGGGGUGAAAGAGUUGAAGUGCUUGCAAUCCCUAGCUCCGACCAGCAAGCACUUUUUCAGAGAAGAGUUUCAUAUCUUGAACAGAUAACUGAAUUUCUUGGAAUAAGUUCAGAGUCAUUGGCUGCUAGAUAUUGUUCAGGACCAAACCCUUCCAUGGCAGCUGCUGAUAUUAAACCAGAAGUACACAGACUUAUAUAUGAUUUAAUAGUGCAUAUUCAUGAUAAUGAACCAGAUAUUGAAAAGGGCAUUUUGGUUUUCCUUCCUACAUACCGUGACUUGGAACAGCAGUGGAACCUUCUAAAGCCACUUAGUUCAUGGUUUAAAGUUCACAUUUUACAUCGAAGCGUUGACACUGAACAAGCUCUCAUGGCUAUGAAAAUCUGGAAAUCACAUCGUAAGGUGAUAUUGGCCACAAAUAUUGCAGAAUCUUCUGUGACAAUACCCAAAGUAGCAUAUGUCAUUGAUUCCUGCCGAUCUUUGCAAGUUUUUUGGGAUUUUACAAGGAAAAUGGAUUCUGCAGAGCUUAUUUGGGUUUCUAAAUCUCAGGCUGACCAACGUAAAGGUAGAACUGGUAGAACCUGUGAUGGCCAGAUUUAUCGGUUGGUCACAGGAUCAUUUUUCAACAAGCUUCAGGAACACGAGUCUCCAGCUAUACUCAGGUUAUCAUUACGGCAACAAGUCCUUAUGAUUUGCUGUGCUGAAUCUAAAGCCAUUAAUGAUCCCAGGGCCUUGUUGCAAAAGGUUUUGGAUCCUCCUCAUCCUGAAGCUGUUGAAGAAGCAUUAAACUUGCUUGUUCGCAUAAAAGCACUGAGAAUCUCUACUAGAGGCCGGUAUGAGCCUUCGUUUUAUGGAAGGUUGCUUGCUAGCUUCUCAUUGUCCUUUGAUGCCUCUGUUCUUAUACUCAAGUUCGGAGAUAUUGGAUUGUUGCGUGAAGGCAUUCUGAUGGGUAUAUUGAUGGAUACACAGCCUCUACCGAUUCUUCAUCCUUUUGGAGAAGAACAUUUGUUUACAGAGUACACAUUCCGCUACUUUGGUGGUGAUUGUAACAACAUUGUGAAACUUGGUCGAAAGGAGAUGGUGUUAAUUGGAAACUUGUGUGCAUAUCAGUUUUGGCAACGUGUAUUUAAGGAUAAGCACCGUCUUGAACACCUUAAACGACUUUCUAGGUUUGAUGAAAUGAAAGCUGUGACAUCUCUGCUACUGAAGAUUGAAGAGGAAUGGUGCUCAUUUCAUAAUCUUGUGCAGUCAUCUCUACAUCAAGUUUCUGAGAUAUAUGAAGAUGUACUAAAUUCACUGCAUCGGUUUCGUCCCAGAUUUCUGGCUAAAUGUGAUGGCCUACCAACCUACUAUGAUCCUUAUGAAUUUGGCCAUGUGUGUCUUCUAAAAUCUCAGAGAAAUGGAGAUAGGGUUGUUGCUGCAGAUGAUGAAGACGAGCCAUCUAAUGAAACGAAAAAAUGUUGUGCUGUACCAUUUGUUGCUUCUGGACACUUUCAGACUAUUAAUGUGGCUGAAAAAUUGUCAAUCAUUGUCAAAGAGAUGAGAGUUCAAUUAACAGAAAAUGCAUCUGAUAAUCAUGCUAGCUAUGUUGAUGGUGAUGCGUCUCGAGUAAAUGGGGAGGCUCCUUUGUGUGUGUAUUUUAUAAAUGGAUCCUGCAACAAGGGCAGUCAAUGCUUAUUUUCUCAUUCACUUCAAGCAAAAGUACCUACUUGCAAAUACUUUUUCUCUUUACAGGGUUGUCGAAAUGGAGAGUCGUGUUUCUUUUCCCAUGAUUCGGGAUCAACAUUAUCAUUUAGCCUGACUCCAAGCUUGCCAGAGGAUGAUGAUUUCAAUGCUGCCUCCCUUCUACAAUUUCUUCCAGCAUCUCUAGAUGGAUGCAUUCUUCUAUUAGAUGACACUGACUUGCAUUUCUCCUCAAAUCUUGCUCGCCACUAUGAUCCCUCCAAAAUAAUAUCCACAACAAGCAUGUCUGACACUGCAAUAAGUGAUCCAUCGUUGGAGGGUGUCCGAAUUUUGUGGGGUCUCCAUCACCCGCACCAGACUAUUGUUUCUAGAGCAGGGAGGAAUCCCAUUCCAUGGAGUGAAAUUAAGUGCAUACUAUGGUUCCCUAAUUUAGAUGGCCAUGGUGAAAAUUUGGAGAGAGAGACAAUUGUGCAGAAUUUCUUUGAGCAUUUAGCUAUCAGAAUUAUAGCUGAUUCCUUGUAUGAACUGCGAAUUAUCAUCACCAUGAACAACAUUAGAUUUUCACAGUUACAGGUGGAAAAGUUGGGUAGAGACAGCUUCUUUUUCCUUAGAGAGUCCUUUCCAUUUGAUGAAGCAAGCUUUGGGGAGCUAUCAGAUGUUGUCACAACUAGGAAGCCAAUGUUGGCAUCAAAGCCUAUCUCGUACGUCUUUGACUUGCAGCCACCUACUGACAUUCAGUUUGAUGACUAUGCAGCCACUCUUCGCAAAUGCCUGCAUGAUAUUAAUGGAUGUACGUAAAGGAUUCAGCUGCUUUGUUCAUAAUCUCAUAUCUUAUAGUUUGAAGCUAGAUUGUAAAUAUCAGAGAUGGGAAUUCACUUGAAGACUGCAUAGAUUUGCUGUAUUAUUGUGACAUGAGUCACUUGACAGGACUCUCGACUAUAUGAUGAAGAUAUUAUCAGAUACUGAUUAAGGGUAGUGAUAUUGUGGUUUAGAGUUGCUCAUUUCAUCAGAAUUUAUGGCGAAAACUUAUUAAUGCUCUGAAGAGGAGAAGACGGCGCUCCUUUUUGCAAAGCUGGUUGCUGCUACUUAAAAAGGCAGUAGUGCAAAAUGUACUCAAAUCAUGAAAGCGUUUGAAACCUUAGAUGUUAUAAGUUUUGGUAAGCCAUUCUAUGUUCAAAUUAUUGGCCUGAUAGCAUGUGUGAGAUGAUUAAUCGAGGGAUAUAAUUAAUGUUAUAAUCCCAAAAUCAAAAGAAAAAGGAAAUGUAGUCAUUUCUGAA